AUGGCAAAGACAAGUCUUGCUUCCUUUAUCAUGAUGAUUUUAAUAGUAGGCAUGACGAUGAUUGUUGUACAAGGAGAAGAAAAAGAUACCAACACAAACAGCAAUAGACAAAAGAAAACAGACUCAGUGUAUGAACGUUAUGAUGCCAUUGAUUUGGUGAUUGAAAAGCUAUGGAGCAAGGGAAAUCCAUCCGAAACUUACGGUUAUCAACAAUUACCAUUUUGCGAUGUAAAGGCUUCUACAGCAACAUCGUUGGGAGAGGAGCUCACUGGAAGUGGUGAUUCUGUCAUUUCAAAGUAUGAUAUUGGAUUUCAAGUGGAUGUUCCUCCUGAAACCGAACUCUGUGCCAAAUCAUUAAAGAAGGAAGAUUUGGAACGAUUACGACAAGCAAUCAAGGAUGAUUAUUUAAUGCUCAUGUAUUAUGAUGGAAUCCCAAUGAUUGUUCACAUUGGUUAUUAUGACUCACUCGAAAACAAGUACUAUCUUUACAACAGCUACAAGUUCUCCUUGACUUACAAUGGAAAUCAUGUGAUUACAGCUCUUGCCACACCAUCAUCAAAGGUAGAUGUUACUUCAAAUGAUGUCACUCAAAUCAAAUUCAAAUACUCUGCUGAAUGGAAACCAACAACAAAACAAUACGUUACCCGUGUGAAUUACUUUAUUAACAUGAACUUUAACAGUGAGGAGUUGGAAAUUCAAUGGUUCUCAGUAAUUAACAGCUUGAUCUUUAUUUUGGUGCUGACCUCUUUCUUAACAUUUAUUAUCAUAAGAAUGCUCAGAAAGGACUAUGAUGCAAUGGACUUGGAACAAGACUCUCAAGAAAAAGAAGAAACUGGAUGGAAACAAUUACAUGCCGAUGUAUUUAGAUUCCCAGCAAACAUUAAUCUCUUAUCUGCUAUUCUCGGAAAUGGAGCUCAAUUACUAUCACUCAUUUUCUGUUUGCUGUUCUUGGGUGCAUUGGGAGCAUAUUAUCAAGACUAUGGAUACAAAGCAGUUACGACUUCCCUGGUUAUUGUUUAUACCUUUACAACUGGUAUUAAUGGUUAUGUGUCGGGUAGCUACUACAAAAAGUUUGGUGGUGAGUCAUGGAUCAAGAAUACUGUGACCACAUUACUCGUUUUCACUCUCCCAAUUGCUGUAACAUGGUCUAUUUUGAAUACUAUUGCUGUUUCAUAUGGAUCCACAGCCGCUUUACCUUUCAAAACUGUUGCAAUUAUUGUUGUACUCUAUGUUGCAGUUUCAUUCCCACUACUCUUGUUGGGAGCAAUCACUGGCAAGAACUUUACUAAGGGAUUUGAGGCACCAUGUAGAACUAAAAAGGUUCCACGUGAAAUUCCUCCUGUUGUUUGGUGGAAGGGAGAAAAUAUACUGACCCUCGUUGCUGGAUUCUUACCAUUCAUCUCCAUUUAUAUUGAAUUGCAUUAUUUGUAUUUGAGUAUGUGGGGUCACUAUGGCCAUGUUCCGUUCCCAAUUGUAUUGAUGGUGGUCAUUAUUUUAAUUGCUGUUACAAGUUGUAUUACUAUUUCACUCAUUUACUUGACUCUCUCGCAAGAAAAUCAUCAUUGGUGGUGGAGAAGUGUCAAAUUUGGUGGCGCAAGCAGUAUUUUCAUUUUUGCUUAUUCCAUGUAUUACCUUGUGGACAGUGGCAUGUCUGGAAUUUUACAAAUUUCCAUUUUUAUUGGAUAUACUUUCAUUUUAUGUUUAGCAGUUUUCUUAAUGAUGGCUACUGUAGGGUUUUUAUCAAGUUUAACCUUUGUUAAGAAUAUUUACCGAUCCAUCAAGUGUGAUUAA